UAAGAGUGAUAAGACGAAGACAAAUAGGAAAAAUGAAAUUUAACAUUAUUUUUGGAUCGAUUUUAUUUAUUUUUACAAUAUUUUUAAUAAAUAAUGUUCAUGGGAAAUUUAAUUUGGAUGGAUUGAAAAAAAUGGUAAAACCCUUUAAAGCACCUUGCAUUGAGCAAUCAGGAGUUUCGCCAGAUUUAAUUGACGAAGUAAAUAAAGGAAAUUUCGUAGACGACCCACAACUCAAGUGUUAUUUAAUGUGUCUUUUUCAAAAACUAAAAACUAUUAAAGGCGGAAAAAUUGUAACAUCUUCCAUGAAAUCACAAAUUCAAGCUUUAGUCGAAGACAAUCUUGCUAGUCGAAUGCUUCAAUUGAUAGAAGCUUGUGAACAUUUUACUAUUCAUGAAGACCUUUGUGAAGCUUCAUUUGCAUAUUGCAAAUGCUCUUAUCAGUUUGAUAGUAGUAAGGAAAUAAAUUGUCAAGAUAAUGAGGAAAAAAUGGAUGGAGCUUUUGAUCAGUGUUUGAAAGAAUACGAUCUUACAGAUGUGAAUUUAACUUGUUUCAAUUCUUGUAUAGCUGUGAAAGCAGGAAUAGCAGGAGUGAAUUGUCAAAUGGAUGAUAUGCCUGAAAGCAUGAAAGCUGUUAUGGACAGUUGUUUAAACAAAUUCGACGUCUCUAAAGAUGAAUACAUAACGGCUGUUAAAAAUAAUGAUUACAGUAUAAAUGCAAAAAAUCGUUGUCUGCGAGAAUGUUUCAUGUCAGAAAGUGGAGUAAUGAAAGAUGGAGAAAUUAAAGUCGACAAACUUAAGGAAUUAAUGGUUGGUUAUAAUCCAAGUGUAACUGAAGCUGAUAUUGAAAGUACUCACGUUAAAUGUCUAGCGCAAGAAGAGGGACAAAAGAUGAGGGCAGAUCAUGAUUUUGCUAAGAAAAGAUUACGUUGCUAUUCUGCAUGUUUCAUGAAAAAAACGAAUGAGAUGAACGAGAAUAAUCAGCUGAAUAUGAAUACAAUAUCGAGUAUUGAACAUACAUUAUAUCCUGAAAAAGCCGAUGAAAUGAUGAAAGUAAAUUGUAUACCACAUCCACCCCCGCCUAUGACAGAGGAAAUGAAGAAAAAUAUGGAUGAAUGUCGUACAGAACUUGGAAUUUCAAUGGAGGAAGAACGAGAGCUCCAUAGGAAUCAUGAUUUUAAAAAUGAAAAAUUGCGAUGUAUGCCAGCUUGUUUAAUGAAGAAGGAUGGGGUCCGAAAAGCAAGGCGGAUGAUUGUGAAUUGGCUCACACUUUCAUGCAUUGUACCCACAAGUGCACUAAGAAUGCAAAAGACUAAAGUCAAGAUUCAUAUUUCGUUAGGAAGUUUCAUAUCAAGGAGGACGUUCUUCAUGAUGAAUUCUCAAUUAUUUAUGCUUAUUGCAUUUAUCGGCUUUUGUGGUUUUAAAAAUGUCCAAUCCGGAAUGACAAUGGAUCAAGUAGAAAAUAUGGCAAAGGGAAUGAGAAAAUCUUGUUUAUCGAAAGUUCCAAUUGAUACACAGGUAGCAUUAAAUGUAAGAAAAGGAGAAUUUCCGGAUGAUCCAACUUUUAAAUGUUAUUUGAGAUGCAUAGCAAAAAUGUCAAAAGCGAUUAAAGGCGGUAAAAUUGAUGAAGCAGUUAUAUUGGCUUCAGUAGCGUUAAUGCCUGUAAAUGCUGAAAGAGCCCUGAUUGCAGCAAAAAAAUGCACAUCGAUAACUGCGGACGAUGAAUGUGAACUUGCUUAUCAAUAUGUGAAAUGUAAUUACGAGGCGGAUCCAGAAAUAUUUUUCUUCCCUUAAGUCGAGAAUAUUGUUAAAAUUCACAUUUAGUUUAAUGUGAAUAAAGAAUAAAAUCUGGUCGGUAUAAUAAAUAAUAAGUAAAAUUUCGUUAUCAAU